AUGAUUGGCCAACCGCCCGCACGUGACUGCCUGAGUGAGCCGCCGGCCCACUUGGGGGCGGGGAUCAGGACCGCUGUGAACUACCGGGACGACUGGGUGUUCGUGAACGCGGGCGGCUGGAUGGGCGCCAUGUGCCUUUUGCACGCCUCGCUGUCCGAGUAUGUGCUGCUCUUCGGCACCGCCCUGGGCUCCCGCGGCCACUCGGGACGCUACUGGGCUGAGAUCUCGGACACCAUCAUCUCUGGCACCUUCCACCAGUGGAGAGAGGGCACCACCAAAAGUGAGGUCUUCUACCCAGGGGAGACGGUUGUGCACGGGCCUGGUGAGGCAACGGCUGUAGAGUGGGGGCCAAACACAUGGAUGGUGGAGUACGGCCGGGGUGUCAUCCCAUCUACUCUGGCCUUCGCACUGGCUGACACUGUCUUCAGCACUCAAGACUUCCUCACCCUCUUCUAUACUCUCCGCUCCUAUGCCCGGGGCCUCCGACUUGAGCUCACCACCUACCUCUUCGGCCAGGACCCCUGACCAGCCAGGCCUAAAGGAAGACCUCUGGAUAGACAGGAGCGGGCAGGCCCAUAUGCAUCCACUUGCUGGAGCCCAUGUUUACAGACAGGGAUGUACACCAUGCAGAUACUGAGUUCCUGCUGUAUAAGCAGGGACAUCCAUGCUUACACAUGUAAACGCAGAGACCCAUGGGAACACAUGGGACACAUAUAGAUACUGAGACCCGUGUGUACGGCAGGAUCAUCACUCACACCCAUCCAGAGAGGGAGCCCCACAUAUACCAAGGGAGCCAGUCAUGUUCAGACACACACCACAAGCUUGACUCACCAACUCAGGCCUUUCCAGAGCUUCCCACCCCACCCCCAACCAGGGCUCGAGUUAAGACUGGGGGUGGGUAUUAUACUGCCUCAGUCUGACUCCUCAACCCAGCAGCAAUUUGGGGGGAUGAGAGGGAAACGGAGCUGCCCUUUGGAGGCCCCCUUCACCUGCAACGAUGAUGCCCUUCCCUUUCUCCUCUGUCCUCACCAUAUGCCUUACCCCCAUUCUACUUCCCUGCUAUGCAAGUGCUCCUGUGGCUUGUCCCCCACCCCUCAGCAACCCAAUCAGCUGGGGAACCAGAGUAAUAUGGAGAAUGCUGAAGUCAGGGUCAUCUAUCCCUGAAAGACCCCUGUUCCUCCCUUGGGGGUAUGAUGGGAAGCCGGCUUCAGCCCAGGGACCACCACUGAGGAGAGGACCUGGAGAGGUGGGCCUGAUUCCAAGGGGCCAUUCCUGGCCUACAGAAGGCCUUUUCUGCAUACACAUACACACAUUCCCAUCACGGUUUUCAGACAGCCCCUGUUGCAUUCUUUGUCCAUCUGUCUGUUUUUGUUAAUAAAGACCUAUCAAUCUGUUC